GGCCGAAGCGGCAGCCCAAGCCGUCCUCGGACGAGGGUUACUGGGACUGUAGCGUCUGCACCUUCCGGAACAGCGCCGAGGCCUUCAAGUGCAUGAUGUGCGAUGUGCGGAAGGGCACCUCCACCCGGAAACCUCGACCUGUCUCCCAGUUGGUUGCACAGCAGGUUACUCAGCAGUUUGUGCCCCCUACACAGUCAAAGAAAGAGAAAAAAGAUAAAGUAGAAAAAGAAAAAAGUGAAAAGGAAACAACUAGCAAAAAGAACAGUCAUAAGAAAACCAGGCCAAGAUUGAAAAAUGUGGAUCGGAGUAGUGCUCAGCAUCUGGAAGUUACCGUUGGAGAUCUGACCGUCAUUAUUACAGACUUUAAGGAGAAAACGAAGUCACCGCCUGCAUCUAGUGCUGCUGCUGCAGAUCAGCACAAUCAGAGUGGCUCUAGCCCUGAUAACACAGAGAGGGGAAUGUCCAGGUCAUCUUCACCCAGAGGAGAAGCCUCAUCAUUGAAUGGAGAAUCUCAUUAAAGUUUAUUUUCUCCAAUUUCUUAGUCACUUCUGUCAUACCAUGCAGAUACACAGAUUAUGCCAAGAAGUACCACAUUUUCAUGACAAACAUAUUCAUGCACAAUUCAUAAAUUUGCUUUUUACAUAAAAUAGAGAUUUGUUAGAAUUUGUUAGAUUUUAUUGCAGUUGAUGCCUACUAGACAUUUCCAGACUUCCUCAUUUUGGUCCCCACAGUUAAAGGUGCCAUGAAAAUGUGGUUGAAUUAUUCAUUAUGCAGUGUUAUUGGUAAGUCUGUUUCACUUUUAGUUUAGUGAAUUCUAACACAUAAUUCUUGAAUUCUCUACUAUUGGCAUGUAACGAAUUUAAAUUUUUAUAACAUAGUGCAAGCUGCCUAAAUAUGUAUUAUUUGAGAAUUGUGAAACAAAUAGUUAUAUGUAUACAAGUCAAAGAUCAACUUAAUCAACUAUUGCUGCAACAGGAUUUUCUUAAUGGUUAUCCUCUUAAUACACCUGCUGGUACUUGGUGUGGUUAAAUAGGAAAAUUGUUAUUAAAUAAAGAAUUUGUAUGAACCGUUGCCAAUAUUUUUGACACAUUUUACUAAAUUAUUAUUCCUGAAUUAUGUUUCUGGUUUAAUCUGUUUUUGUUUUGUUUUGUUUUGUUUUGCUUAUCUUUCAAAACAUUCACUUAUUGUAAUGUUUACUUUCAGAUUAGUAAACAAUAAAACAUUGAUUAUUUAGCUUUAUAAUUCAGGUUUAGUGCUAUUGUCAUUGAACACUGGUAUUUUCUGUAUUAUAUAAGAUAUUAAUAAAAUUCAAAUAAUUAUAAGCAUUUGGCAAAAGCAGAAAAGAAACCUGCCAUAUUUUAAAAGCUGCAAUUUUGGGAAAAGCUUUAACUUAAUAGUUCUAUCACUGUUUCCUCGCCCCAAACUUUAUCCAGGGUUAUAGAAGUAUGAAUCUAAUUAAUACAGAAAUGGCAACUGUUGCACAGAACUGGGAAAAAAACUAGUCUUAAGUCAGUUUAAUUGGCAUCUUAUUAAAUGUAACAAUUCUUAUGAAAAUCAUAGUGCCCUAUUUUCAGACACAACUGCCAGUUUAUGCAUUUAUCAAUAUCCCAGAAUAAAGAACUAUUUACAGCCCCACUUACUAUUAUGUAAAGUUAUGAAUAAAAUAUUUUUAUGACUACA